AUGUCUUUAGAGCUAACAGGACUCCAUGGUUCGCUCCUCUGUGCCGCUGGAGUAGCAUGCUCAAUAACAGCAUUGGCCUACAGGCGGCUCAAGCUCAAACAUUUCGAGAUUAAACGGCCGCUUCUUAGAGUUAUGGCAGCUUGCGCUGCUUAUAUUAUCGCGUGUGUUGCUACACCACACGGGCGCCUAAUACCCCUUCCAAACAUCGACUUCAUUGAAACUCCAGUCGAACUGAUAGAGUCCAUCAUGAGAAUUUCUGCCUUGCAUAACAGCGCUAUCAGCAUGAUGGUGUGUGCAGCUGGCCUUACCGUCUACUACGCAUCGGGCCCCGUUACAGAGAAGUGUAUCAUGAAGAUGGACGAAGUGCUUAUGAAAGAUGAUGAAAAGGGAGCACGGUUGUUGCGCCUGAGGGAACAUUUGCAGGGCAAGAGUUUUCUCACCUUCAUCAUUAUCCUCACCAGCUUUGUGGCGUUUUGGCCAACAAAUUGGCUUCUCUCGUUCACAUACACCAUUGCUAAGUACGACGAGAUUGAGCUUACUACUGACCAUUUGUAUUGGGCUGUUCUAACAUUCGCGUUAGCCAAGACAAUUUCGGCGCUCAUCCACUACUUGUCUCACCCCACAAAACUGUUUUCCAACGGAGUGCAUCUAUGGAUACAUCUCUGCUGGUUUUACGGCACCACGUUGACAGCAGGUGCAGCAGUUUUCUGGGCUGUUGCCCAAGAUGUUUUAUUGGUCUACAUGUACAAGGCUGCGAUGCUCAUACAACACCAACAGGGUCCCGACAUCAUCUUGGUGGACGGCAUUCCCAAACACUUUAACGUCUUCACUGGUCCAAUGGCCGACUUCUUGCUUGAAGGCGUUUUUUCACACAAACGCGGCUCUGCGCUUAUUACUCUUCUUCACGAACAGUUGAAGCUCUACGAGAAGGUCAUUGACGAUUCACUUUGGAUCGUCUUGCUCUGGGUCACCGUUUUAUUCCCAUUCUGCAAAGGCGUCGCUGUCUACUUCACCUUGCGCGGGAAGAAUACGGAGUAA